AUCUACUUCCGGUUGCACUUUCAUGAAGAUACGGAGUGAAAAUGGAGCGUGACCGUUGGUCCCCUAUUGCUACAACGUAUGAUCCCCUGAGGGCAGGCAGCAUUGAUACCACAGACAGAGACCCUCAUGAUCGAGGGAUUGUCAAGGCCAUGAAUGCCAAGUAUCGUCCAAACAAAGAUGUUGUAGGCAGUCCAGAAAAAACUGUAUUCAUUGCUAGACUUAACCCAAAGACUACUGAGGAUACCGUUGAGUCAAAGUUUUCAAAGUAUGGUGACAUUGAAAGACUAAGAUUAGUGAGAGACUUGGUAACUGGAUGUUCACGGUGUUAUGCAUUUGUGGAGUAUCAGAAUGAAAAGUCAGCCUACAGGGCCACUAAAGAGGCUGAUAAAAUUGAACUUGAUGGUUGUGAAAUUUUUGUGGACUUUGAAUGUGAGAGAAAAUUAAAAGGAUGGAUACCAAGACGGCUAGGUGGUGGACUGGGCGGUAAAAAAGAGUCUGGUCAGCUGAGGUUUGGUGGCAAGGAUAGACCUUUCAGAAAACCAUUAGAUUUGGAAAAUAGAUUCAGAUCUGACCAUUCUCUAAGAGAUAGAACAAGAUUUCAGGAUGAUAGUCGCUCAAGAUCUGAAUAUGGACAGGAUGGAAGACGACAAGGUAGAUUUGAGAAAGUAUUUUCGGACAGGUCCUCAACUGGAAAAUACCAGGAGGCAAGGGAAAGACAACGGCAUAGUGGCAAAGACUAUAGUGACUCCUCUCAGUCUGGCAGGUCAAGGGAGGAUAGAGAUAGUUAUAGAGACUAUAGUGAGGGUAGAGAUAGAUCUGUAGUCGGUAGGUCCAGGGGAGAUAGAGAUAGGUACAGAUGCAGUGAUGGAGACUACAGUGUGACUAGGGACAGGUCUCCAGCCAGUGUAUCUUCUAGGGACAGACGCAGAGAAAGUGACCAUGGAGACAACCACCGAUCACAUCACAGGAGGAGCAGGUCAGGAAGUAGAGACAGAUGAUAGAUAAUUACAUAAAGAAAUAAAAAUAACAUUUUUAAUAUGAAAGGAAAGUUUACAGCAAUACAUGUAUCGGCAAAAUCCAAUAUGCUCUCAAAAUGACAUCUGAUUGCAGAUUGAACAAGUAAACAUACAAUCUGUUUUUCUUAUGUUGAAGUC